CCGAAAUGACGUCACCCACCCCACAUCCAACAUGGCGGACGAGGAAAACCCAAACAUGGAAUCCGAUAAGAGUAAAGCUUGUUCUAAUGGUCUUAAACGACUCGUAGAUGAAGACACAGCGAAAAAAGACCAACAUAAAGACGUGCCUAAAAGCUGCACCACUGCGGAGUACUGCGAAAAGUUACAGGCGUGGAUGUGUCAGUACUACACCGGCUAUGUGACAUGGCAGAGCUGGCUGGCGGCGUCAGCUAUGUCUUAUCCGUGUGUUUUGCAGUCGGUUAACGGGACGUCGACGGCACGUCUCGAUUCCACCUAUCAGAAUUUGUCCACCGGUCCGUUUGGUGUUCCGUUGUCGCCCUAUCCAUCGGCCUCUGGUUCCCCGAUUAGCCGCGCAGGUGACGCCGCAGGCGCGGCCGCAGUGCCGACUCAGCCCCAGCAGCUCCAGCAGGAGAAUGGAAAUGCACGGAGGCCAGCAGGUCGAGAGUACACUAUUCCCUCACCUCUCCAAAGACUCCUGGCUGAAGUUGUGGACUUCUUCAUACUGUUUUUCAUCAAAGCGGCCAUAAUCCUGAGUGUUAUGCAUAUGAGUGGAAUCAAGGAUGUGUCCAAGUUUGCCAUGCAUUUUAUCGUGGAGGACAUAGACGAGGAAACGUCGAUGGAGGAGCUGCAGAAAAUGAUGCUGGUUGCUCUGGUGUACCCGAUAUUAGUGUGUUGUUAUGAGAUUGUGUGUAUUUGGGGACCAGGAGGAGCCACUCCAGGAAAGUUCAUUAUUGGACUCCGAGUUGUGACAUGUGACUCAUCGGUUCUGGUGCAGCCGAACCGGGUCCUUGUAGUGCCGGCCACUAAUGUCUCUUUCUCUGCGUCAGCUGUCCGAGCCCUGAGCAAGAACUUUUCAAUCGCGUUCUUCUUCCCAGCUUUUAUCACGCUCCUCUUCUUCCAGCACAACAGGACUGUGUACGACAUGGUCGCCGGCACCAUUGUUGUGAAGCGCUCCAGGGUCAGAUGACCCGGAAGAGCACCCACAGCCUGCAAAUUCACACUGCGUGGAGUGUUCAGAACUUAAGUCUGAUCCAGCCGUUGUUGCGGUUCAUAAGGGUUGGUCUGCAUGUGUCUAUGUGCCAAGUUCUUGUCUCUUUUAAAAUCUGGAGCGGGAAUGACGUCUGCUCUUUUCAUAAAGACACAAUUGACCUCUUUUUAAAUGCUGUUUGAGAUCAGGAGUGAAUGUGUUCUUUCGCUCUGUAUUUAAGUCGCUAAUCUAUGUAUUUUUAACAUCGUAGCCUCAGUACGGAUCUUUGUAUUACUAGUUUGAAAUGUUGGGGCUACUAGGCUAAUGGUUCAGGUGCUCUAGUACUGUACUGUACAGUUUUAUUUUUAAAAGGCACAUUCAGUAUAUUGACAGCCUGAACUCGCUCUCCCUUAACUCAGCAUGUUCUGGUCUGAUCUUAAGAGAAAUUAGUAGGCAAUUGAGUGAAAAGCUAAGCACCAAUAUUGAUGUCAAGUAGGACUACAGUGGAGCCUCUGAGGUUGAAAACGAUUCAGUCCAGGAUUCUGGUCACACUCAACAAUAUUUCCCAUUGGAAAUGAUGGAAAUGGAAUACAAUCAUAGAACCUUUAUUUACGGAACAGCCUAUAUUUUAAGUCAUUCCUAACUGGCUGACAAGUGUAAAAAGAAGUUAAUCACACUUUAUUAAAAAAAAACCCAAACUGUAAAACAGUCUUAACUUUGAUGACGAAGGCGUGAUGCAAUUGUAAUUUGCUUCAUUUGUGCACCUCACAGAUCUGAUUAUCUCAAAUUCUACAAAGCAGGGGUUUGUUCUGCUAACUAAAAUUCAAAUAGGUCCAGUUAGAAAACAUUUUCUCAAGCAAAGGUUCCGGAACAUCGUAAUGUCUAACUUGCGUUAUGAUUUAGUGUGUGAUAAAUACAGUAUUGAAGCAGCCUUGUAGUUGUAUCAAUGACUGUAUGUAAUCAACAAUUGGCUUUAGCUUGUCCCGCCACGAUAUUAAACCUGCGUUGGAAUGGUCUGAGGGAGCAUUCCUUAGCAGCUGUUGGGCAGUGAAUGAAUGAGUCAGGAUUAAGGUGGAUUGUUCACAUUGGGCACAUUGUUCACUGCUUAUUUUCAAUUACCUCACUUCAGAAUUGAGUGGGUAUGUUUGGUAAAAAAAAAAAAACAACCCAUUGUGCUUUGUCUCAUAAUGGCGUCACUUUUAUGAGUUCCACAGCAUGUGAGACAAACUAUUCUGUGCUUCCAGAGGGAAGAAUGAAUAUAAAUGAGUGUUUAUUCUGAGGUGAAAGCUCUGUUUUUGUAGUCCACUUCUCUCUUCUUAGAAAGUGCCAUGUGUAUUUUUCUAGUGUCUCGGGUUCACCCGUUCCUGUCCUCUCCAUACAUUUUACUCUGUUUCUGUCUUUUUUCCCCCGCAACUCCCUCCUCUCUGUCCGCGCUCAGUACACUGCAAAAACAGCCAUAUUUGAAAGAAUAUUUUUCUUGUGACUUUUAAGAAUAUAAUAGUCCUAAAAUAAGCAAGUUGUUCUUAAUCCCAUAGCUAGAUUUAAAUAAAACGUUCUCAUUACAACGUGUACAAUUUUUAGAGUCUCCAAUUAACCUAUCAUGCAUAUUGUUGGAAUGUGGAAGGAUGCCAGAGUACACAGAAUACCCUCAGUGGUAUGCUUUUCAGCAAGCAUGAAGCAAAUGAAAAAAGUGUGAUUGUAUCUAAAAUGCACUUCAUUUAGGAAAACCAAACCAAUCAGAAUUUUCAUGAUUUGCAUGUAAAGUCACAAUUUUUUAGAUUUAUAAACUAGAUAAAAAGAAAGUCAUAUUUUUUUUAAUCAAGUUGAAUAAUUGUACACAAUUACACAGAUUUCAUAAAAUAUAUAAAUCUUGGUACGCGCUAUGAAAUUUGCUGUGCAGCCUUCACAUUGGUCCAAAAUCAGCAAAUCUUUAAGAAAUGGUUGCUUAAAAAGGGACUUUUUUUAUUUUCUUGAAAUUUAGUUUUUGCAAUGUACAUAUAUUUUUUGUGUGUGAGUCCCUUCUUAAAUUUAGAAAGAUUAGAAACCAAUUUUAUUCCUAAUUUUAGACAAACAUAAAUGUGUUGUUGAAGAAUAAUCCAGAUAAGGUUUUUAGCUUGUUAUUAUAAAAAAUAACUUGUUUCUGGCAAAAAAAAAUACUUCAUAAGAAUGAGCUAUUUUCUUAAUCUAAGAUUAUUUUUCUCAAGUGAAAAUUGCUAGCCAAAAUAUUUUUCCUUUUUAGGAAAAAAAAAAAGAGAAAUGGUUGCUUAAAAUUUUACUUUUUUUACUUUCUUGAAAUUGAGUUUUUGCAGUGUAUCUCACUCAUUUCGCUCCUCUUUCCCCAUAUUUCUCACUCCUUCGGUGUCACUCGCUUCGCUUCUCUCCUCUUUCGUCUGUCUCCGUAUUUAGUAUCGCAAUGUUUAAUGCCUGGAAUGCACAGAUUUGAUUGGCUGAGUAGUAUCAUGUGUGAUGGCUUAACUUGCAUGCAGUUGGUCAGCGGUUGUGGUCCUAAUCCGAUAAACGGUACUCGGUACUGUAAUGUCUAAAAAAAAAAAAAAGCUAAAAAAGCCGGUCAAAAUAGAAGCACCCUGUCCAUACUUAAAAUGCUUGAAUAAAUUAUUGACCAUAGGUCAAGGUCUGGCCGCAUAGUGGUUAGCAUGUUGGCGACACAGUUGGAGACCUGGAAGAUCUGGGUUCAUAUCUCCGUUCAGGCAUCUCUGUGUGGUUUGCAUGUUCUCCCUGUGCGUGCGUGGGUUGUCUCCGGGUACUCUGGCAUCCUCCCACAUUCCAAAAGUACGCAUCUUAGGUUAACUGGAGACUCUAAAUUGAGUGUGAAUGGUUGGUUGCCUAUACAAUAUGUGCCUUGCGAUUGGCUGGUGACCAGUCCAGGGUGUAUCCCGCCUCUUGCCCAAAGUCAGCCGGGACACCCCUGUGACCCUAGUGAGGACAAGUUGCAUAGAAAAUGAAUGAAAGGUCCAGGUCCGUAUAGGAUGGCAUCUGGGUCCGUACUCGUACUGCAGUCCUCCAGUUAGUGACCUGUGUUCUAAAGUAUCACACGUGUGAAAAGAAAGCAACCGCUGUAAAACGGAAAGAACAAAACACCCUAACUGAGUGAUGACGAAGGCUUAUUGUUUCAAGUCUGUUUCCUUAACGCAUCUUCAGGCAAUUUCUUAUAUUCUUCCUUUGAUGUGUUGUCAGAUAGCAACAAAAAAAGGAAGCAAAAUUCAUGCAUCUGCAUUCUGAAGGUUUGUAAGAGUGAAGCUUGUUCUAAUGGUCUUUUUUUUAAUUCCCAAUUGUACAACCUUGGGUUGUUGGACUUUAGAAGUGCCACGGUAAACAGUACAUGCAUAAAUCAGCCAUUCCUGUUGCUACACAGUCCACAAACAUGACUUAAAAUUCUGCAUUGCAUUUUCCCCUAAUUUCAAAGCUUGGACAUGUUAGUGUGUGUGUUUUUUUUGUACAAAAAGGCUAUUAACGUCUCAUACAAUACACUUUUGUGCAAUUCACUGUUGUCCAAAUGACCAUUGAGUACAGUAUAGUGCAUGAUGCCAUUAAGAUGAAUGUUUCUUAAUUCUUUAAUGCAAUAUGGGUUGCUGAGCCGUAAUAAAGUAUUGAUUUUUG